AUGCCUGCUACCGUUCUUGGUAAGCGGACGAGGGCAUGCGAGGAUUCAGCAGCACCACGCUCUCCCGUCCUCACUCGCGCGAAACGGCGCGCGAUCACUGUCUGUGUGGACAAUGACGAGAACGAGAACCCUUUCGUCGUCCCGACAAAGGCUGGAGAUACCGCCCAGGAUGGCGACCGCAUGGAAGUGGACAAAUCGCCUGCGAAAAGUAAACUGUCUGGCAAGAGAAUAGCAUCCAGCAUUACACCUGCGAAACAUGGAGCUUUCCAGAGCAGACUCGCAUUAUCAUCCUCAAAAAUCGACGCGUACUUCAAGACCACCAAGACCGUAUCUGCUCUCGACACAAAAUCAGCACAGACAGCAACACCCCAGACUCCCCGGCAUCGUGAUGCGCUGUCAAAGAAAGUCCCCGUCACGCCAUCACAUCGCGUCAGGGUUGCUGGAACGCCAUUGACGCCUCGAACCCCUCGCACUCCGAUAACGCCUCGCGUCUCCGUAGCUACGGUGUAUAAUGAGGCGCGUCAGCUUUUCAACAAGGGCGCUAGAGCUGGUCGUUUAGUCGGUCGAGACAAUGAGAGGCAGGAACUCAAUACCUUCGUAUCUAGCCGCAUCGAGUCCAAAUCGUCCGGAUGCAUCUAUAUCUCAGGGCCUCCAGGAACGGGGAAAAGCGCGCUCAUCACCGAGAUCAGCAGCAACAUUACCAAGGACAGCUCCGCCAAGCGAGCAUACAUCAAUUGCAUGGCCGCCAAAAGCGCGGAAGACAUUUACGGGAAGCUCUUGGAAGAUCUUAGCGAAGACAUUGAGAAUCUAGAAGGCUCGGCAAUGGAGAUCCUAGAAGACUAUUUCACCAAACGCGAAGUUGCGUAUCUCGUCACCCUUGACGAAGUGGACCACUUGCUAGAACUGGACGUCGAACUCCUCUACAACCUCUUCGAGUGGUCUCUCUCGCCUUCAUCCAGCCUUAUCCUUAUCGGCAUAGCCAACGCCCUCGACCUUACCGACCGAUUCCUUCCACGCCUCAAGGCGCGUGGUCUGAAGCCUGAGCUCCUGCCAUUCAUGCCAUACACCGCCAACGAGAUGGCCUCUAUUGUCACAUCGAAGCUUAAAUCACUCGUGCCGGCCAACACCGCAGCGCCGGCCGGUUACGUCCCUUUCAUCCACCCCACGGCCAUUCAGUUUCUUUCCAAGAAGAUCUCCUCCCAAGCCGGCGAUCUCCGCAAAGCCUUCGACAUCUGCCGUCGCGCCAUCGACGCCAUCGAGUCCGAGACCCGAGAUCAGCACCUUAAGAGAGCCGUGGAGCAGACGCCCACACCCACACCAUCCCCCACGAAGACACCUCUCGUCGAAAACAUGAAUCUCUCCUCCCCGCCAGCCACCCGCUCACCUUUCAAAACCGUCACCCGCCAAAAGGAGCUCGUCGCGUCAUCCCUUACAACGCUAACGAUCGAGACCGCACCCCGCGCCACAAUCACCCACAUCGCACGCAUCACAUCCGCCGUCUUCAGCAACGGUACAACCCAGCGCCUCUCAGCACUCAACCUUCAGCAGAAAGCCGCUCUCUGUGCGCUCUGCACCCUUGAAAAGCGCAACAAGCGUGCGGCAUCCCUGAUAGACGCGAACGCGAUGCCCAGCACGCCUUCCAAACGAGCAACCGCCGCGGCAGCGCCGACGGUGAAGGCAUUAUACGAGGCCUACGCGUCCCUCUGCACACGCGAGAAUCUACUGCAUCCGCUCACGGCAACGGAGUUCAGAGACGUGGUUGGAAGCCUUGAGACGCUGAGUUUGGUGUCGGCGGUAGAGGGGACGGGGAGGAAUGGGAGCUUUGUUGUGCCCGCUACGCCCAGUAGGAGGGGAAGGGGAGGGUUUGGGGGCAAAGUGGUUGAGGAAAAGAGAGUCGCGAGCUGCGUGGGAGAGAAGGAGUUGAUGGAAAGCUUAAAGGGAGUUGGGAGUGGGAUCUUGAGUGCGAUGAUUGAGGGGAACGGGUCGGCUUGA